CUCAGCCCGGGCCGAGAAGCACAAUAGAACUGCCGUGAAGGCGUGUGUUGUUGCGCAGAGCUUUUUUGAGCGACCCCUGUGGCGCAGGAGGACGGAGGACGGUCGCCAUCUCUGGGUCAACAGUGGAAGCGUAACGCGCUGUUGAUGUUGUAGUGUGUGGCGUGGAGCCGGAUCGUGCAGGAGCAGCAGAAGGCAGCAGCAGGCAGGAGGCAGGAGGCAGGAGGCGGGGGCUAUGCUGCCUGCAACAGCCACAGCGGACACGCACGGCUCCGAUGCAGGACUGACGCUUUGUUCGCCUCCUGCGCGUCGAACUGUCACCACAGAUGUUGGAAGCGCUUCUUCUCUCUCUCUGUCUCUCUCUCCCUCUCUCUCUCUCGCUGACACUCCGUGAGCUCCGUGUGGGUGGAACGGGAGUGCGCGCCUCGAAUUAAAACGGGAUUUUUUUUCCCUUCUCUCUAUGGUGCAAACAGCGGACGCUCCAGCCCGUGCGCAGCCGGCGGACCGCGGUGCACUCGGCGAUGUUUUUCACCGAGGAAUGAGAACGGAGCGGCCGAAGGUGCAACACAUCCCGUUUCCAUGGACAACACGUCCAUAAUAACACAGGUCGCAAAUCCGAAAGAGGAGGAGAGCAUCGCCUCGAGUCAAGAUAAAGUCUCCCAGUCCAACAGCAGCCUCAAGAAGCACCGGGGCCGAAGCAUUUUCAGCCCCUUCUUCUGCUGCUUCCGCAACUACAACGACUACCAUGUGGAGCCGCCACCCUCCAACAACAAGACCCUUUGUCUGCCCCCGCCGCCCGAGGAGAACGGCAGUCCUCCCAAGUGCGACCAGGUCCAGGUCAUCCCCAUCCCCAGUCCUCCAGCCAAGUUCCUCCUGCCGGAGGUCAGUAUAGCAGAUUACGGCAGGAACUGUGUGGUCAUCGACCUGGACGAAACACUCGUACACAGCUCCUUCAAGCCCAUCAACAAUGCAGACUUCAUCGUUCCAGUGGAGAUUGAUGGAACUGUUCACCAGGUGUACGUGCUGAAGAGGCCCCACGUGGAUGAGUUCCUCCUGAAGAUGGGGGAGCUCUUUGAAUGUGUCCUCUUCACGGCGAGCUUGGCCAAGUACGCCGACCCUGUGGCGGACCUGCUGGACCAGUGGGGGGUGUUCCGCGCCCGGCUCUUCAGGGAAUCGUGUGUUUUCCACAGAGGAAACUACGUCAAAGACCUCAGCCGGCUGGGCCGAGAGCUCGGCAAAGUCAUGAUCAUAGACAACUCUCCUGCCUCCUACAUCUUCCACCCCGAGAAUGCUGUCCCGGUGCAGUCCUGGUUCGACGACAUGGCUGACACAGAGCUGCUGGACCUCAUUCCUCUGUUUGAGGGCCUCAGUAAGGAGGAGGACAUUUACAGUCUGUUGCAGAGCCUGAGGAACAGGUAGCAGACGGCGGCUCCAGCUGGUCCUUCCCGCCUCGGCUCCCCCGGCUGCACGGAGGGGCCUCACCUCGCCGCCGCGGCCCCGCAGCCGGGGCUCCCAUCGUCGGCGUCGUCCGGCCGGCUCUGGGAGUAGCACGUGUCUCCCCAUCUGAUAUCUUCAGGCAAAUUAUCUGGUUAGAAUCAAAUCUGGAGAGAAUAUCUGGACGGAUCCUUACCCUCUCUGGAUUUUUGGACUCUUUGUGCAGGACUCCUACUGACAAAAGAUUAUAUAACUGUAUGUACAUACUAUAUGUUUCUAAGAGCAAGACCUAGAUAAAGUAAUUUUUCUAUCAGAGAGAUUAGGUUUUACUAUUAUCAAGUGAUAUUUUAGUUACCGAAAAUAAUCAAAUACACAGAAUUUUUGUUGUUAUGGUUCUUUUGGGUUUUUGUCUGAGAAUGGGUGACCUUUUGGUUUUAUGUCGAGCUAUGUUAUGCAGGCUGGUUUUACUUUUCGAACAACUGUUAUUUAUCUUCUCUUACAGAAUGAAGUGCCUUCAUUACUGUGGUGAUUUUAUUGUGUCUGGUUAUGGGGUGCACAAUUUUAAUGCUGAAAAUCUACUCAAAUCUCCAAAAGCGUUCAAACCAAUUCUUUAAAUUAAAACCUGAAAGUGAGUCUUUGGUUAAUUGUGAAAAGAUUGAGUCCUAGAAGUUUAUAAAAUACUAGCCUGUUAUGAUGAUGUGUUGCUCUUGGGUUUAGGAACGUUGAAUUGUUAAAUUGAACAAAGAUUUUUUUUACAUUUCAUGUGAUUUGUGGCUUAAUUACGUCAUUUGAUCUUGGACAGUGACUGUAAAAAUUGUUGAACCUUCAAGACAUUGAAACCAACAUUAUAAUUGAAAGAAGAAGAAAAAAUUAAGAAACCUUUACAAUAAUAUCACUGUCCACCAAUAAAUGUUGAAUUUUUAAGGGAAAUAUAAUAAUUAGCUCAGAUUAUAUUAAAUUAUAUUUAUUGGGGGGAAAGUGGGAUUGGGUGCGUUGUAAAGAAUGCUGUUGAAAUCGUACUGUACAACAUUAUUAAAGUUGCAAGUUUGCAAACUGUC